CAACUGCGCAGUGCGGCCCCCCACCUCAGGUCGAGUAUAUAAAGCCGCCAUGACGUCAUGUGCCCAACAUUCAUUUUUCGUCGUGGUGAAGUGCAGAUGUGGCUACGUUGUGUGUUGUGCUGAAGAUUUCAAGAAGUGAUAAUUGUGCCUGGUCGGAUUCAGUCCCAUUGCGUUUCGCGUGGGCCUGCAUCCGUCGGCCGCCAUCUUGGUUGCCGCUGGGGCGUGGUCGCUGCUAGCUACAAAAUGGGUUUGUAAAACGGUAUCAUGCAUUUAUUUAAGUAGUUAAUUUUAAGUGUUUCAAUUUCUCUCGCAUAACGAUUAAAUUGGAAUUUUGAUUUUUAUUCAUAUUGAAUAAUAAAAUUGUACAUAUGUUUAAGUAUGGAAAUAAACAAUUUUUGAAAAAAGAAAUGUCGUAUCAAUGAACUCAUUUUGCUUUUCUUACAAUUUCACCACACAAACAAUGUAUUAUUCCAUGAGUCAUCAACGUCUCUGCGAGGAGAACAUGGCAGAGUUGCGACAGCGUUGGCGUGUUCGGGUCGCUGUGAACGAGUAUAUGAGUCAGCCGUCUGCGGUGCCGCUCGCUUGGCUGCAAUCUGCUGCGUACCGUAUGCACUGGCGUGCUGUCUACUAUGCGACGCGCUCGCAAAUUCGUCCCGGUUGUCAGCCCACUAGGUAACCGUUAGGUUGUUGGCGUGAAGGUUCCUAUCCUACAUUUAGCUAGUGUUAUUGUGUGGCCCGUACACGGGCCACUGCGUGUAACAUUAUGUUUAGUCUCUCAGAGCCCUGCGUACCGUGGCCUUGCAGCUGCCACGAGCUUCGAGUAAAGGAUCUAUCUCCUCGCCACGGAAAUACUGCUAUGAAUGUUUUCUAGAAUGGAAGUUAUGACCUCUGGUGAGUCGUAUGUUAUCAAAACAGUGGUUAAUGUGUAUCUAAUAUCCAAUGAUAAUACUGUCUGUGUUGAUACUCAUUUUGGAAAUAAGUGGUUAGGAUUUUGUGCCAUAAUAAUCCAAUAAACAGGAAUUAACCUGCAAUGGAGUAAGCAUCAAGACUGUAUUCGUACAAGAAACAGGAGUGAGGUUAAGCGGAGGUCGACCACGCACAUGUAACAUAAUUUCGCACAUUGUCCAGUACAAAUGACCUUGACAUGCCACGGGUCCUGCUGCCGUCGGCGCGGCGGUGGUGGGCGACUUUCACUUUUAGGUAAUGAAUGCUUCUUACUUAUUUACAAAUCAGAAAUUGGCAUGCUGUUUUUGUCUUAAUUUAUUGUGAAGAGAGACGUGCUCGAGAACAAAUAGCUUCCAUCACAGUAGCAGUAGGUGCUGAUUCUUACUGAAACAAAGAUAGGUUCCAACUAUAAGCAUUGUUUAAUUAUGAUGAUACAACUACACAAGAAAGAAACUGUGGGCUGAUGACUAAACCGGGACUGUACCUACACUAAUGUGAAACCUGAUUGAAUUCUAAAUAUAAAUAAGCUGAUAACCAAAUGAUACUAAACUGAGGGUCAAACGUGAACGGACAGAGUUAACGGUGAGUUGUCGCAACUGUACUGAUCUCUUUGAUUCUAUUCUAAUUAAUGUUCUGAGGUCUUAGUUGAUUUGCUAUAGCGACAAAUUGUAUGUAAACAACAAAUUACUGAUUAUAUGCAAACUUCACAGCUAACGACUGGACUGGGUGCUGACGUGAGAGAGUAUCACGCCAAUCUAGCACUACCUAUCCUAUGAAAAGCAAGGUGAAGUCCUUCCUAGUGGAGAAGGCUAGCCCGGCUCCAGUUGAUAUUAGCGAGUGGAUCUCCACGCCCCAUCCACAGAUAAGUCAAACCGGCCAUACUCUUCAUAUUAUGUAAAUCGUAGACAAAGAGAAACGUGCCUCUGCAUUACGUAUCAAAAAACAAAAGCUGCAUAAUGGCUUUAUAGGUCUACAUUCUAUUACGAAUAUCUAAUACACAAUUUAAUUGAGAAUUUACAAAUAAUAGGUAAGUCUGGCUUGUGAUCUUCAUUUUCUGAAUAAAACAUUCUGCUUAAUUAGUAAUGACAUUAGCUAUCUUGACGCAAAGGCAAGUAGGGGCCUAUAAUCAAACCUUUUAUUUCAGAUAAUAUGAGAUAAAAAUAACUAACUCGAAUUACGAUAACUACUAGCUCUCCUAAGUUUUAUUUGAAUAUCAGAAGGAAACCAAUUUAAAGCAUAUCGACACAAUUUUCGUUGAAAUCUGUGACACUGUCGUAAAAAUAACAAUAUUAUUAUGCAAAUUGAUGUUAAAACCUGUUUUAGACCUAUUUAAUUUUGGAGGUAUAUUUUUUGACAAAUCACCUGUAAACAAUGCCUUCUGGUGGGGUAUGUACAUAACAACUUCUCAUUUUAUUGGCCACUGCGUGGUGCGAUUAUAGUUCCAUUUAAACGGAACUUUGUGUGCUGAAGAUUUUGUUUGACAGGACCCACAUACAACUAGGACUCUAAAUAUCCAGACAACACAGUACCGAAGUAUUACUGAGCAUAUAAGUUACCCAAAAUCCAGCGCUGUUUACACCUGGUGAAUGAGACAUUCUUAUCAAAAUUGUUCCCACUUUACUUGAGCUAAGGCUCGAUUGGUAAUUACGAGUAAAUCAUAAAUAACAAAUUGAAGAUUUAGUUCCAAGGUGAACAAAGGAUACAAAAUUACAAGUAAAGCGGAGAAUCACGCACCAAUAGUUUCUUAAAGGUAUGUCGAACCAAACCCUUGAUGAUCUUGUUGACCUAUAUUGGCCAAGAUUUGGUUAAUUUCAGCCCAAAUAUUGAUCAUGGUCCAUGCCACAAUUCAUAAUCCAGAUAUAUAAAUCGAAUUAAGAAUCCAAGAAUUCAAUUAACAAUAAAUACUAGGUGUGGACAAGGAAUCAAAAGGUUACAAUGUUGACUUCCUGACACGGCAGCAUCUGCUGAUGGGUACGGUUCUUUUCUAUAUUAUUAUCAUUUUAUAUAAAUUCUGUAGUGUUUUCCUAUUAGAUUCUUCUGCUUCUUUUAUCGCAAAAACUACUUGCAAGUGGAAACAUAAUAGUCUAUUUGCAUAAUUUGGAAAGAGCUUUUUAUAAAUUGUUUUAAAUCAUACAUAAGCAGAACUGGUGUUCUGUCUGUAAUCUUUUUUUUCUAUCUGUUUAGGAGCAGGAUAUAAAUAGCAGACCCUUAGUUCACACAUUCAGAGGCUUGUUAAAACCGAAUGAAUCUCUGUCACUUCAGUUUAAAAUGCUUGGAUGAAUGACCAUUUUGGGAUACUACUGAAAGAUAAAAUUGAUUCAACUUCAAAAGUUUAAUUAUCCUUCAAAGCAUCCUCUUAACUAGGAAUACAUCUGUAAUAAGGGCUGCUGGAGUUGAAAUGAUGUGAUAAGAAUUUAUAAUUAUCUGCCUAGACUUAAACCUAAACCUAUCCACAAGAUAUACAAACAAAUCUGCAAUGUAAUCUUCCGUCGUCCUACACACAAAACAUACGAGCAGCGCAGCAUUCUUUUCUAGUUUUCAGGAACAAAGGAGCUUAUAAUAAUAUACCAAGUAUAGCAAUAAGAAUAUGAAUAUUUAGAAAUAUCACAUUUCAACACAUGGUUCUUCUAGAAUAUCAAAUAUGUAACUAUUCAGGAUAUAAUACUCGUAGCCGUCAACCCAUACGUGUUGGUGAAACAGGUACCAAAUUUAAUUUUCAUUCCCUUGCCAUGAUCGCCCUUACCUCUACCUGAGAUCGCUCAUGAGUAAAUUAUAUCGUCUUUCAACUGGGUAAACUUAUCCUUUAUAUUUAAAUAUUUUUCUUUUUACGCGGACGUUCCUCUUGUUACAAUGGCAUGUGUCAAUUUGUCAGGUAAAACUCCACGACUACUUACACGACGUGUGGUCUACAUACGUCGACACUGCUUUUCUACUGUUACUCCAACCGGCGUUGGUUCCGGAGAAGUGGCUCAACUCUUACGGCGCUAGUCAGACUCCUAGCCGGCCAACUGUAUACAAGUAACUACCCACAAAUCAACCUCGACACGUUACCAACGUGACAACCAACUCUACAUUGCCGGGCUAAUAGUAAAACGGUAUGUGGCUAAUCGGACGUGCACUACUGUUUUAUUCUGAUAACAAAUAUUUAUUGGUCAACUCUGUUUUUAGUAACCAGAAUCGAUUUAAAAGGCACUAUCCUAAAUUUGACAACUUUUUUCAAUUUUAUAGCUGUGCGACAUCCUGUCGCCAGUUUUCUUUUAAAUUUGCUCCCUAAGUUGACAGUUGUCCUCUGCGUGGCCUCUCCACGUUUCUACUGAGCUGGCUGACUUCAUGGUCUUCGCGUAUCGCCAGAGCCCACUGCCGAAGCUUCUUCGCAAUGCGUUGACGCGGCCCCUUCGCGAUUAAUGCUAGCCGACUUCAUUUUCCUUUAGGUUAUAAUAGUAGACUCAUGACCUGCGUGUCGUCAAUGCUCGUUGACAACGUGACCUGCGUGUCGUCAAUGCUCGUUGACAACGUGACCUGCGUGUCGUCAAUGCUCGUUGACAACGUGACCUGCGUGUCGUCAAUGCUCGUUGACUACGUGACAUGCGUGUCGUCAAUGCUCGUUGACUACGUGACCUGCGUGUCGUCAAUGCUCGUUGACUACGUGACCUGCGUGUCGUCAAUGCUCGUUGACUACGUGACCUGCGUGUCGUCAAUGCUCGUUGACUACGUGACCUGCGUGUCGUCAAUGCUCGUUGACUACGUGACCUGCGUGUCGUCAAUGCUCGUUGACUACGUGACCUGCGUGUCGUCAAUGCUCGUUGACUACGUGACCUGCGUGUCGUCAAUGCUCGUUGACAACGUGACCUGCGUGUCGUCAAUGCUCGUUGACUACGUGACCUGCGUGUCGUCAAUGCUCGUUGACAACGUGACCUGCGUGUCGUCAAUGCUCGUUGACAACGUGACCUGCGUGUCGUCAAUGCUCGUUGACUACGUGACCUGCGUGUCGUCAAUGCUCGUUGACAACGUGACCUGCGUGUCGUCAAUGCUCGUUGACUACGUGACCUGCGUGUCGUCAAUGCUCGUUGACUACGUGACCUGCGUGUCGUCAACCCUCAAAGUUCACUGAAGUAAAUGUAUAUCGCCUCGUGAUCAAGAAUAGAUGACUACAAUCUUCUCGUGUGCCAAUGCUCACUAUCGAAAUGACGACCAUGUAAUAUUAUCUUGACCCAUACCAACUACCCUGAAAUGCACACCUGUAAGUGAGAUGCUAUAGCACACAUAGCACACUCCACACUCUUCCCCAAGCUCUGUAAACUCUACCAAGAGAUAAAAUGCUACCAUAUGCUUGCUCGUCCUGAAGUAGGUACCUUAGAAAAAUCGAGCCGAGCACUGAAGUGCUCCGCUGAGCAUAUCAGGAUAUCACUUCUACUUCACUUACUGCAAACGGGUAUUGUCGUCUAUUAAGACUAACGUCGACGCUCCGCGCUACACUGCACUGUGUCAAAUUCGCGUCUUUUAGCAAGGCAAGCGGAUCGACGAUCAGCCGCAUGGUUACUCCGGGCCCUCGUGUCAUCCCUAGACGGCGCGCAUACUGCGCGAUUUAAACUACAACUAGAUGCAUAGUCAUCCCUCGAUCGAAGAGGCGAUCGACCAUCGGCCGCCUGGUCAUCUCAGCCGCUCGUGUCUACUCUGCUCGGCUCGCGAACUGCGCGCCUUCUCCGGGCAAGGUGAUCGACGAGCAGCCGGCCUGGUCUUCCCAGGCAGUCGUAUCUACUCUGCUCGGCUCGUAACCUGCGCACCUUCUCCGGGCAAGGUGAUCGACGAUCAGCCGCCUGGUCUACCCGGGCACUCGUGUCUACUCUGCUCGGCUCGCGAACUGCGCGCCUUCUCCGGGCAAGGUGAUCGACGAGCAGCCGCCUGGUCUACCCGGGCACUCGUGUCUACUCUGCUCGGCUCGCGAACUGCGCGCCUUCUCCGGGCAAGGUGAUCGACGAGCAGCCGCCUGGUCUACCCGGGCACUCGUGUCUACUCUGCUCGGCUCGCGAACUGCGCGCUUUCUCCGGGCAAGGUGAUCGACGAGCAGCCGCCUGGUCUUCCCGGGCAGUCGUGUCUACUCUGCUCGGCUCGCGAACUGCGCGCCUUCUUCGGAUAAGGUGAAUGGCGUUUGGUCGCGUGGUCAACUCCGCGCUUAAGUCUACUCUACUCUGCUCGGCUCGCAAACUGCGCGUUUUCUACGGGCAAGACGAUCGAGGAUCAGCCGCCUGGUCCACCCGGGCACUCGUGUCUACUCUGCUCGGCUCGCGAACUGCGCGCCUCCUCCGGGAAAGGCGAUCGAGGAUCAGCCGCCUGGUCCACCCGGGCACUCGUGUCUACUCUGCUCGGCUCGCGAACUGCGCGCCUUCUCCGGGCAAGGCGAUCGAGGAUCAGCCGCCUGGUCUUCCCGGGCAGUCGUGUCUACUCUGCUCGGCUCGCGAAAAGCGCGCCUCCUCCGGGCAAGGCGAUCGAGGAUCAGCCGCCUGGUCUACCCGGGCACUCGUGUCUACUCUGCUCGGCUCGCGAACUGCGCGCCUCCUCCGGGCAAGGCGAUCGAGGAUCAGCCGCCUGGUCUUCCCGGGCAGUCGUGUCUACUCCGCAAAGUUAAUCAGCAUCGGCAGCACGAGCGUUACGCGCUGCUGGUUUACGUCCCUGCUUCCGGGGCUCAACAGCGGUGCCAGUCUUCGUGCCGGCAGCCCUUCCAAGCCCGACUGUCUCCUGUUGCCCCACACAACGGCGCGGCCGGUCCGCCUGUCUGCUCUCGGCCGGCACGAAGGCGUGGCCAUUCCGCCGUUGUCAUCUCGUCCGCCUGUCUCCCCUCACCGGCUCGACGGCGCGGCCUGUCCGCCUGUCUCCCCUCACCGGCUCGACGGCGCGGCCAGUCCGCCUGUCUCUUAUGGUCCGGCUCGACGGCGCGGCCUGUCCGCCUGUCUCCUAUGGUCCGGCUCGACGGCGCGGCCUGUCCGCCUGUCUCCUAUGGUCCGGCUCGACGGCGCGGCCUGUCCGCCUGUCUCCUAUGGUCCGGCUCGACGGCGCGGCCUGUCCGCCUGUCUCCUAUGGUCCGGCUCGACGGCGCGGCCUGUCCGCCUGUCUCCUAUGGUCCGGCUCGACGGCGCGGCCUGUCCGCCUGUCUCCCCUCACCGGCUCGACGGCGCGGCCUGUCCGCCUGUCUCCUAUGGUCCGGCUCGACGGCGCGGCCAGUCCGCCUGUCUCCUAUGGUCCGGCUCGACGGCGCGGCCUGUCCGCCUGUCUCCUAUGGUCCGGCUCGACGGCGCGGCCAGUCCGCCUGUCUCCUAUGGUCCGGCUCGACGGCGCGGCCUGUCCGCCUGUCUCCCCUCACCGGCUCGACGGCGCGGCCUGUCCGCCUGUCUCCCCUCACCGGCUCGACGGCGCGGCCAGUCCGCCUGUCUCCUAUGGUCCGGCUCGACGGCGCGGCCUGUCCGCCUGUCUCCCUCACCGGCUCGACGGCGCGGCCAGUCCGCCUGUCUCCCUCACCGGCUCGACGGCGCGGCCUGUCCGCCUGUCUCCCCUCACCGGCUCGACGGCGCGGCCUGUCCGCCUGUCUCCCCUCACCGGCUCGACGGCGCGGCCAGUCCGCCUGUCUCCCCUCACCGGCUCGACGGCGCGGCCUGUCCGCCUGUCUCCCCUCACCGGCUCGACGGCGCGGCCUGUCCGCCUGUCUCCCCUCACCGGCUCGACGGCGCGGCCUGUCCGCCUGUCUCCCCUCACCGGCUCGACGGCGCGGCCUGUCCGCCUGUCUCCCUCACCGGCUCGACGGCGCGGCCAGUCCGCCUGUCUCUUAUGGUCCGGCUCGACGGCGCGGCCUGUCCGCCUGUCUCCCCUCACCGGCUCGACGGCGCGGCCUGUCCGCCUGUCUCCUAUGGUCCGGCUCGACGGCGCGGCCUGUCCGCCUGUCUCCUAUGGUCCGGCUCGACGGCGCGGCCUGUCCGCCUGUCUCCCCUCACCGGCUCGACGGCGCGGCCAGUCCGCCUGUCUCCUAUGGUCCGGCUCGACGGCGCGGCCAGCCCGCCUGUCUCCUAUGGUCCGGCUCGACGGCGCGGCCAGCCCGCCUGUCUCCUAUGGUCCGGCUCGACGGCGCGGCCAGUCCGCCUGUCUCCCCUGCGGCGCGGCUCGACGGCAAUCAAUCUGCAAUCUCGACGCAACGGCUUGUCACACUUUCCAUCCUUAGGUAUGGAAUGUUUGAUUUUGCUUGGUCUAUUAUAACAUAUCACAACUCUCAACACUUGAUAAGUACAAAAGUAAUUCUAAAACAAUUUCAAUACUGUUCUAACGGGUAUUGUAGCUCAAUUUCUGUUUACUACCUUUGUAGGUAAGACGAUAAUACGUUUCUUUUCAGCAAAUAUUUUAGUUACAUGUAAACAUAUAAAUAAUAAGUACAUUUCUGCGUAAGAGUACGAAAUUCAGUUAUCCGAUGAGAAGGAUGAGGAUUAAUUAAGAAAGCUAUAAAUAUUAUUACGAAGCGAAGACAGCAAUAUUCUAUAUACAAAUUAUAUUAAAUAGGCACCUGGUAACAUAAAGCACUACAGAGAAUAAAUGAAUAUUGUUAAAGCAAUUAAUGGCAAUAUGGACGAGGUGGGUACCUUCUUAAUUUCAGGUACUGUUUGAUUAACCGUCUUUUCAGUUUUUUACGCAAAGCUUAGAAAGCUUGUUGCAAUCGUUACAAAGCAUGGACAACUUAUAUUUUGAAUAAGAUAAUGAAUUGAACCUAUACUACAUUAAAUUGAACGAUGCUUGCACACGAAUUGCGAAUAAGAAAUGGCAGUUUUGUUAUAUGACCAUCGAGAUGGAUGUCAGUAGGCUCGAAAAUAUUCUCACCAGUAUCGCAGUAAGUUUUUCUUCUGCUUCUGGCUUUUAUGGAUUUCUUUUUUUUAUGCUAACAAGUUAUGGUUGUCGUUUGGGAUACAUCUUUGUGAAUUUAGUCUACAAGUAACUGAAUUGAAAAUACACUUUCACGCAACAUACUUUGCUAGGGACACUAGGGUUAGGAGCCUAAUUUAUAUUGUUAACAGAUUCCCUCGUGCUGAGGCAAAAUUCCCCGAAUUGAACGUUUCUGACGAGUGGAGUGUAUGUAAAACUAGUAGCAAACGACUUGAGGUUUGCGGCCUGGAGAGUAGUGGAGAGUUUUACGACAUUGUGUCGGUGGGUGCGUAAUAAAAUAUUGUUAACAGAUACCUUCGAUCUGGCGUAAGUUUCAACCCACUACCGCCUGGUAUGCGAGUUUGAAGUUUGUAUAACCUAGGAUAGGUUAUUAAUACAUAUUGUUAACAGAUGGUGACGUAGAAAUGCCUUAUAUGAAAUUGCAUGGCAUCUUGUAUAACAGUAUUUUGGAGCAUCUGUAGUCAUGUACAAAGUAAAUAUUUAUUAUUGUGCCUAACUAUGGACUACAAGGGAUUGUCGAUUUAAUAACAAAGUUUAUUCUGAAUGUGGGUGAUGCAUCGAUAUCAAAUCAACAGACAUGAAUCUGACACUAAUAACAUGCCUGAACAUAGAGAGGUAAAAUUUUACUGCAUUUUAUAUUAGGAUAGGUCGCAUUACAUUUAUUGUUUAACAGAUAUUGACUUCCGAAAGCCAGAGAGUAUACCAAUGGCUUGCAUCAUGAGAAGAAUGAAACAAGAUCAAAAUUAAUGCGUAUGUACCUACAUUAAAUAUCACAUAGAUAUUUAAGUUGGAAUGAACAAUCUAAAACGAAAAAUUGCCGAUAUUGUGUUUGUGCGUAACAAAGUAUUGUUAACAGAUGAUCGAGCGCAAGUCGCAAGCCAGGGCUACGGGAGGUAACAAAUUGUCACAUUCUUCUUUAGGAUAGAUUCCGUAAUCCAUAUUGUUGACAGGAUAACAGCGCGUGCCUGAUACCAUUUGAUGAUGGCUGGCCCUUCUCGUGAUACUUAAAGAUUCUUCAAACACAAAGUACCCACUGCGUAUGUCAAAAUUUACUACAAAUUGAGAAUGAUUAAGAACGGGAUAUGAUUAAUCAAAAUUUGGCUUCAAUUAAGUGUUGAUGCAUGGCAGUCAGUGUUAACACCUAGAUUGUGAUCUGUAAUUUCUAGUAAAAGAGGUAUCCAUUGUGUAUUUUAUAGCUUGCUUUUACCAUUAGGAUAGUAGGUACCGUAAUCAGUUUUGUCAACAGAACACUUGUUCAACAACUGUAUCGUGAUCGCGAAGAGUUCGAUAAGACUUUUGGCGCAACGGCGAGUGCACGUAAGACGAUGUUAUCAUUGUCAUUAGAUAAUAACAAUUGGCUAUUAUGUUUUUAUUUGAAUGAUGAUCGAUGCUGGUGGAUUGUUAACAGAAAUGCAGUUUGCUGAGAGGUAACAAUUUAUUAUUGUUAUUUUUACGUAUCUUACACUAUCUAGUUAGGUCCUAACGCAUAUUGUUGACAGAUGAUCUUUAAAGCUGAAAAAUAAUAAUGCCUGGGAUAAACCUGGCUUUGAAGCCAGAUUCGCAAUCAUUACUACAGAGUUCCGUGACUCUCGGCACAAUAUCAGGAGGUAACAAUUUCUACUAUAAAGUAGAAUACAUAAUAUGUCCAUAACGAUUUUUGUUGACAGAUACACUUGUAUGUAAGUAAUCAGAACUCCAUGUAAAGUAUACCUAAUACAUAUUAAGUUGCCGCUUGAGCAUCGGAAUAAUAAAAGCACUGUAAACCACUCAAUCGAUGAGGAUUGGUAAAUGCAAACCUAAGUGUUAGAAGUAGCAAGCCUCGCAAGUAAUGCCAAUCGAAGAUAGACUGCAUACCAUUUUGGUAACCGUAAAACUUUAUUUAUUUGUCAAUAAAAUGUUUGUGUGCUCAAUAAAUCAUCUAGAUAUAAGCUCUUUAGGUGUUUAAUAGAUUUUGUCAACAGAUUAAUCGAAUGCAAUAGAAGAUUGCCUUUGAAGAUGGCGCAUGAACUAGCUAGAUCAUAGAAUUGUGGAAAUGCUUGGCAGUGGGUGAAUUACUAUUGACUAAUUGUGCAAUGUGGCAUAUCUAUAUAUAUGUGUAAAGGUGUUAAUUUAAAAACUAUCUCACAGAUGCUAGCUACAUUAAAUGACGCAUUAGGUGCAGUAAUAAGUAUUGUUGCAGAUACUCCUCAAAAACUGGUAUUAUCUUUUACGAUAGCUAAACUGCUUAGCUUUAGGCUCUUAACAACUAUUGUUAGCAGAUGAGAAACUAAACGCGUUCCGAGGUAAACAUCAAUCGUGUAUGAAAAGGGUUGGUUACUGGUUACUCCAAAAGCAAAAUGUCACAAGAAAAUGAGAUGUCGGUAUGUGCUUUGUAACACACUGUUUUUUGGUAUGUAAUAUCCUCAUCUUCAUACACAAAGUUAAAUUGUUAAUUGUCUUUAUUGUCUCUUGUAAUGCAUUAUGCUUCUUAGACAUGUUUGGAUCCGUGCAUAAUUGUGUUGUUAACAGAUUUCUACGAUGCUAUACGAUAGAUUGUAUGUGUUGGACACCUACGAAGCAUGAACACUAAUUUAUGUCAAGUACCUAACUGCAGAAAUUGGCAAUCUUUGGAAGCAAAAUUGGGUAGAAGGAACGAAUUUUCUUAGUCUUGUUAACAGAUUUUCAUCAAGCUUGGUGUAGUAGAAAUAACAGCUUCGUGGAAUGAACACGCUUGGAUAAAUGCACAGCGGUUUGUACUGGUCUGCCAACUGAUUUCAUCUGCCUGCCUUGAAAAACACGCUGUGUAGAUAAGUAAUUGAAUGGAGUGUAAGUGAUAAAUAGCAAGUAUUGUGAAUAUUACUAUUAUACUAAUUUAAACACACUAUCUAAAAGCAAAGGUAACACUGGUUUCUUUCACCAAAUGUUUUUAACAAUUAUACCUGGUCUAAGGUAGUAAUGCAUCUGUUAGUUAUUAUAACCUAGCUAGGGCUGGGAUAGUUUAGAACAUUACCGAUUUUGUUGACAGUUAUCAAUGAGAGCACACCAUUCCGCAAACUGCACCUACCUGCUUACCAAUCAGAGCAUACACUGCCUUCAUUGAAACAACUCUUCAACUCGAAGGCGCAAAGCCGGGAUAUGGAUAGUGGUACGUCUAUCACAAUAAACAUUGUCAGCAGGGUAUUCAGCUUGUAAGCAGCAUGCAUCACUAGAUAAAUUAAGAAAAUGAAGAUUCCUACGUAAAGAAAACCUGUCAUCAUCGGUCACGUUGAGGUGUUCGUCUGCAACAGUAUGUUAUUUCUUGGUUUUACUUAGAAUAUAAUUCCAUUGAUUGUCGUACGAAAGAGGCGGUAUGACGUAGGGACAUAACCAAGAGUUGUUGACAGAUGUGCAGCACAUUUGACGAAAUGGUGUCUACACCCCGCCAUCACGUACAUCCCUCCAAAGAACAAGUGGCUUACUUAUUGGUAAGAGAAAAUGAUAGCGUUACUAUUUACCGGAGAGUAGAAAUACACACACAAGUAUGUAACUGCAUAAUAAGCCUUCGUGGAGAUGGCUGUGGUGGGUGCAUAAUACGUAUUGUUGACAGAUGGUGCGUGGAACUUCACCGGCACAAAAUGGUAACUACUAUUUUAGACAUAAGCUUGAGGAGCAUAAUAAGUGUUGUCUACAGACAAGCAGGAUUACUUAAUGCCCGAGUCGACACAACUUAAAUACGUUAGAAAUGCUUGUGAAGAAGUUUUUGCAAGAGCGAAGCGAACAUAUCUGAAGGCGACAUGCUUGGCGGUAACACAAUUUAAUUCAUAAGCGACAGUUAUCAAAUUUAAGUGUAGCGCUGCAACCCAAGCUUAUGCCCAUAUGCUUAAUAGUGUUCUCAAGUCAGCCUCACUGACUUGUGACAAGUGUAAUGCAUAAUAAAGUAUUGUUAUCAGGUACAUCCCGCAUUUGCAAAACCCGGAUACUGUUAUAAGGUAUUUUAUAAUAAUUCCUUAAGAUGUAUGAAGUAGGAAAAACCCGUAAUGAGUAUUGUUACCAGAUUACCACUGCUAUUGCGUGACCAAGAAGAAGAUACAGUUCAAUCACAAGCUGAUAAGGAGACAAAAACGUGUAAGAGGUACGCUACAAUAUCAUACCUCACGCUAGCAAGGAACUUACCUCAACCAGUAACGUUGCCAAAGCUAUGAAAUAGGUAGGUUGUUAAUGAGUAUUGUCAACAGGAGUCCAGAAUCAUCACUGUGAAUGAAAAGCCAAAGCAUCAGCACAGAACAUGUAAGCUGCAAUGUAACCAGUUUUCUCCUUUACUCGAGUGGAAGCGCUGCGAGCAAGAUUGAUUAAGAACUGCGUUUAUUUUAAAUUCAAAUCUGCAUAAAACGUAUAGCCAUAAUUCCUGGAUCGGAUUCCUGACAGAAUUGUCAACUGCAUCAAAAAACGGUCAGACCAUACAGCUCAUGUAAGGGGUAAGCACGUUUAGUUUGAAAUUGUUUAGAGCAUGUCCGUAAUAGCCAUUCAAUCACUGGCAUCGUCACCAUUUCAAAACAUCUGUAUGCCGGGCAUACAAAAAUUGCGUGAAUUGAAGAAAUUUGGUAGGUGCAUAACAAAUAUUGCUGACAGAUUACCGGUUAACGUGGAGAAACAGCGUGGCUACCAAAGCGGAAUGUAAGUCAAACCAGAUACUACACAGAAGUGUUCUACUUCAGAAGCGCUUGACGUGACACGGAAGGUAUCGACGACACAAGGUGCAUAACAAAGCAUUGUCAACAGAUUUCCGCAGCAUUCUGAAUUCAACAUCCUGAUCUGAAGUAACUAAUGAGCUCAUGGGGAUGAAAGAAGUUAUUUUAGAGGUAAUUCAUAACUCUUAUAUACUGCGGAGAUUCUAGAGAUGGGUCGUAAUACAUAUUGUUGACAGAGAUCGGUGAGAAACAACGUGGGGUUGUGGAGUAAAAACUGAGAUAGUGUACACUCUUAACUCCGAGUAGCCGAUUCAAGCUAAAUAAGGUAACAAAAUAUUCUGUUAUGAAAUAUAUAGAAUAGAGCCAUAAUGUAUUGUUAACAGUUUACGAGUAAAGGAGCAUCGAAUAUUCGUGCAGCAAUGUAUGCAAUGGUGCCUGAAACAACACACGAGAAUUAACAGGUUCGGAGGAGUAUGCCGAUAAUAAAGUAUUGUCAACAGAUGCACACUAAAAUGUGAUGGCAACAAAAACAGCUUGGAAUUUUUCAACACUGCAAAAUCAAUGAUGGCGUAACAGAUCUCGAGAUCAAGAAUAUAAAAUGGUACGUAUGUACUUAAUACUUAGGUUGUUGACAGGAUAUUCAUCUAUUAAAAGAAAGUAAAACGACCGCAACGUGGACAAUACAAUAAAAAAAAUCGUACAAGAGUUCAGAGUCAGAAAAGAACAGCUGCAUCAGAAGAAGGCAAUAAAGGCACGAAAGCCCCACAUAAAUACAUCACUGGACAAGGACACGAAGAAGAGAAUUGAUAACGAGAGAAUAAACAGCCAAAAUGAAGACAGAAAACCAACAAGAUACAUAACAUGAAUCAACACAAGCAUCACC